AUGAUUGCAACAACGCGCUACAAUCUCACGAUUGUCCUGUUCGUGGCCUUGAGUGCCUUGACCUACGGAUAUGCCUUUUCUGUAUUCUCCACCUCCAUUGGCCAGGCAGGAUUCUACAAGUACUUCAACCUCGACCUCGAAGGACCCGGGGCUGCCUAUACCAACUCCAUCCUCGGCGCCAUCAAUUCUCUCUUCUCGGCCGGGGCGGCCUUUGGCGCUCUUUCCGUAGCAUGGCUACCCGACUGGAUGGGCCGCAGGUUCACGAUCGUUUUCGCGGCCGCGCUCUCGCUCGUCGGUGGCGCGCUUGUGACUGGCAGUGUGAACAUUCCGAUGUUGGUGGUUGUGCGAUUCCUGCAUGGUCUCGGGGUCGGCCAGUGCAUCACCAUCACUCCCAUCUAUCUGUCGGAAGUUGCGCCGCCGCAGCAGAGGGGCUUUCUCACCGGCCAGAACGCUGUGGCCUUGGUGUUCGGUUAUCUUCUGUCUGCCUGGGUGGGGUACGGGACGUACUUUGCCAGCAAUGAGAUGUUUGCCUGGAGGUUCCCGCUGUCGUUGUCGUGUCUGUUCCCGUUGAUCCUGCUCAUCGGUUCUCCAUGGAUCCCCGAAUCGCCGCGAUGGCUGAUCUGGAAGGACCGCUUGGAAGAGGCCUGGAAGAUCACGGAGCAGCUGCAUUUCGAUCCAAACGACCCAUCCCAGCGCCAGGCCAAAGAAGAAUUCUAUCAGAUGCGCAUGCAGAUUCAGUACGAUCGCGCCGCCGACCUGUCCCUGUCGUACAUGUUCAAGAAACCCAGCCUGCGCCGACGCCUUCUCCUUGGUUGCGGAGUGCUUCUAGGUUCACAGUCGUGUGGUCCACUGGUCAUCAACAACUACGGCGUGGUGCUGUACCAAGGCCUGGGAAUGACCGGGAGCAUGCCUCUGCUCAUGUAUGCCCUUUACAUUGUCGUCGGCCUGUUUUUCAACAUCGUCUCAUCGCUGAUCAUGGACAAAGUCGGCCGACGGAAGCUAUUCCUGGGUGGCUGGACCGGCACGACAGUCACGUUGAGUUGCGAGACGGCGCUCGUGGCGAGCUUCGCAGGCACGGACAACAAGGGUGGGAAUGCUGCCGCCGUCUUCUUCCUCUUCGCAUUCGUGACCAUGUACGGCUUGUGCAUUGAUGGGACUGCGUACGUGUACUGCGCUGAGGUCUUUCCCACCAUGUAUCGUGCCAAAGGCAUGGCACUCGGACUGUUUGUGUAUUACGCUGCCUCGAUCGCAUAUCUCACCCCUGCCGCCACGGCCAUCGAGAAUAUCGGGUGGAAGUUCUACUUGGUUUUCAUCUCUUGCUCCUUCGUCGCAGUGGUUCUCACGUACUUUUUCGUGCCCGAGACCGCUGGCCUAUCGCUAGAGGAAGUCAACGAACUCUUUGGUGAGAAAGUCUUGGUGAACUUGACCCACGCCUCGGAAGCAGAAAGGAACGAUAUUGAUAGAGCGAUCGAAGAGAAGCAGGGGGUGGUGACAGAAACCAUCGAGAAAGCAUAG